UGUCGUUCAUUGCCGAAAAAGGUCAUUCCCCACCUGCACCAAUACCACGAUGAGCGACUAUGUUCCCUCCAUUCAGGACCUUCGUGUGAAGCUCUGUUAUAUUUGCAGAGAAGAAGAACUCUUCGACAAACCGGAAACUCCGCCACGGGUCUGGAUACACCCUUGCAAAUGCGCGCUGGUUGCUCAUGAAGCGUGUCUGCUGAAAUGGAUACAGACGGCACAGGCGACGUCUGCAGAGGCUGGGGAGAGAGCUAUGAUAUGUCCUCAGUGCAGGACGCCGUACGAGAUUGAGAGCCGGAAUCCGAGAUUACUCAGAAUUCUUUCGUGGUGCAGUCGUCAGCUACCGACAUUGGGGAGGGUAUGUCUCUGGACGGGUUUCGCUGGAUUUUUGGUAUCUAUGCAGGCUGGGAUAUAUGUUCUGCUCACCGGAUACGGUGCUCAUGCGAUCCAGCAGUUCUUUGGACAAGAGAUGUACGACUUUGUACUCACCGACGACCCUACCAACUGGCCAAUAAUGGCAUACAUCCAGCUGCCUCUCAUUCCCAUCAGCCUCGUCGUCUCCCGCUACGCUCACGUUUCCCCAAUCAUGCCCACCAUCAUCGCAUGCUUUUCUCUCAUGCCUCGAGGUAUCUUUGUUCUGACCCACCAUAGCAAUUACACGAGUAACAUACGCAUCGAGUCGUCCUUAUGGCCGCCAUCUCCAUACGCAUUCGCUUGUGUCAUUCUCCCAAUUACCAACGCUAUAUAUCGCGCUUGCUUCGAGCGGUUGUCGUACCACAUCCUUGGCACGACAGACCCAACAGAAUACGAGGAUAACCUCCGAUUUGUGUUCAACGCUGAUGACGAGCAGCGGGACCGGGAAGGCGAACAGCCACCAGAACCAGCACCAGCACCAGCCGAGGGACAGGCACAAGAGCCUAACCCUCCCGCCGUCGUUCCUGUUCUCCCAGACAAUGGCAACGUCGUCGGUCAGCAACUGGCUGAUAUUACCAUUGAGAUCAAGUCUCCCAGCCGCAUCGGUCGUAGAAUCGGGGGUGCCUUACUUCUGCCGACUAUCGCGAACAGGAUGGGCUCGUUGCUUUUAAUGUUAUCAAAACAUUCGUUAUACAUGCGCAGGUUUCUUGGCGUGCGUCCGCCAUGGCAGAGCCAAGUUCCGUUCCCUGUGGCAUGGCUCAAGACCAAUGCUCAGGGCAAGCCUGUGGUCCCCUGGGGCCUAGUUUUGCGCGCCUUUUGGGGAGGCGUCAGUCCUUGGGCAGAGCUCGAUCCCGUCUGGUGGCGUAACUCGAUCGGGUUUGGCAUCUUCAUCGUGGCUAAAGAUUGCAUGAAGCUCCUCUAUCGCUGGUUGGUGAAGAGAGAGAAGGAGACGCGAAAAGUGAAGGAUCGACCCUUCUCGGAGGUUGAUGUAUCAAAUCUGGAUCUUAUAAAGGCCGGGGAUGGGCAGGCAUAGUUCUUUUGGUUUUAAAUGUCAAUGAUUUUAACCCUGGUUUGUAUUCCUAGCUUUUUAUAAUGCUAUCGCUCUCCUCUCCACUCUGGGCUGCGUUUAGUCCUCUAAAUAACCUAGGUUCAGUGCUCCAACGUUGUUUCCUUGAGUCG